CCUGCUGUGUUUACUGUGAAAGAGUGCAAGUUGGAUUGUCAUGUAGUAAGCAAUACAGAGGACGCAGGAUUUAUUUACUCAAGUUGUAAAUAUCCAUUUUAGGUUGCCGUCCCCAGGGUAAAUCGAUCAAUGAGGUAACCGUGUUAUCUUUUGCGUGCAUUAUUUGGCUUUUAAAGAAAUUUACGGAGGGAUUCGAAGCCAAAGUAUGUAUCGGUCUCUGUAUGCCUUUCGAUCCGCGGAGCCCAACUCGCUUCAGUUUGCGGCCGGGGAGAGCUUUCUGAUUCUGGAGCGAAGCAACAAACACUGGUGGCUUGGAUCUCGCUGCACCUCCGGUGAGACGGGAUACAUCCCCGCAUCUUAUGUCGAAAAGAUUCAGGCCCCAGAACAGGAUGAUGUGUUGCAGUCCAUCGACAGAGCAAUCGAAGGCAUCCAUAAUGUGGCCAUGAAGAAUGGGGGCAAAUACAAUCUUGAACAGAGAGAUGUCCUACAGAAGUUGAUCCACCACAGGAAGGAGACCCUGGCACGACGAAGCCCGACUCCAUCCAAGCACGGUCUGCCCUCCUCCACCAGCGAGCUGUCUCUCACCAACACCCCUCAGCCCCCCAAUGGGCUCAGUCGACGCCAGGCCAGCGUGCCAGUGUCAGGGAGUCUGGAGAACAUGCAGGGAGAACAGGGCUUUUACCAGGUUCCUCCUCAACCUCGCCGGGCAGCGCCCCUCACCCCACCCCCCCCUGAGAAGCAGAGAGCUACCAGACGUCCAGCGGCACCAGACAUUCCCUCCGAAGCGUCAUCUGUGCCUCCCUCUCCUGGCCCCGCUCCUGAUGCAGGCUUGGGCCUGUCCCCAGCCGUUAGCUCAGCUUCUCUAGACUCCAGCUCCUCCCACUCAGUGAUCUCCUCUGAUAUCAGCCUUCCCAGUGUGGCCAGCACCCCGCCUCCGGUCCCAAGUCGGGUCAAGCCCCCUGCCCCCCAACCUGACGACACCCACCCCAACCCCAACCCCCCACCACAACCGCUUCCCUCAAACAGAGGCCCUGCACCUCAGCCUCCGUCCCAGACCCAGCCCCAACCUACAAUACCCUUACAGCCAAGCUUGGAUGACCAAUCAGAAACAGAGUGGCCCGUAGCCCCUCCCCCUGUCACAGAGAGUCCCCUGGGGAGCCCCACCAGGGCGGAGCCCUUUCCCAUGACGACGGGGGCGGAGCUGAUCGAGCUGGUGCGUAAGAACACGGGCCUUAGUUACGAGCUGUCGCGAGUGGCCGUCGGCGUUGUCGUGGGACACCUGCAGACCGCCUUACCUCAAGCCUCCUCCGACUUAGAGAAAGUCCUUCUCUCACUGGUGGAGAGCAAGGAUUUGGGUUCAGCGUUGCCGCGGGGACAGGUGUGUCACGAUGAGCAGCGUCUGGAGGUGAUCUUCGGCGACCUGGCUCGCCAUCGCGAGGACUCCCAGCAGCGCAGCUGGGCCCUCCACGAGGACCACACCCUCAUAGCCUGCUAUCUGGAGGAGCUGCUGAAGAUACUGACCGACGCAGACCCGGAGGUGUGUAACAGGAUGUGCAAGACCAACCAUUCUGAACCGGUACUGUCACUGGUCUCCUACUAUCAGAUGGAACACCGUGUGUCCCUUCGCCUGCUGCUGCUCAAGGUGUUCGGAGCCGUGUGCAGCCUGGACGCAGCCCUCAUCUCCACCCUGCUCAACUCCAUUCUGCCCAUGGAGCUAGCCAGGGACUUACAGACGGACACCCAGGAGCACCAGAAGAUGUGUUACACUGCUUUGGUGCUGACGAUGAUCUUCUCCAUGGGCGAACAAGUUCCCUAUCACCACUACGAGCACUUGAACGCAGGGUUUGUCCAGUUCAUUCUGGACGUGGUGGAGGAGGGUCUUCCAUCAGACCCCACUGAGCAGCUGCCAGAUCUCUGUCUCAACCUCCUCCUGGCCUUCAACCUGCACCUCUCUGUGCCCAGUAACAACGUCAUCAUGCAGACCGUAAUGAAGAAAAACCCUAAGAUCCUCACAGAGAAAGUUCUGCUGCUGCUAAACAGAGGGGAUGACCCUGUGUGUGUCUUCAAACACGCCCCCCCGGCCCCACACUCCGUCCUUAAGUUCCUCCAGGAUGUCUUUGCCAGCCGAGAAUCUGCUGACAUCUUCUACCGCACUGACAUGAUGGUGAUGAUUGACAUCAUAGUUCGACAAAUCUCUGACCUGUCACCUGGAGACAAGUUGAGGAUGGAGUAUCUCUCCCUCAUGCACUCCAUCAUGCGCUCCACAGACUACUUGGAGCACCGACACCGUGUCAGUGACCUGCAGGGGGCGCUGCGCAUGAUUCUGAACGAGGAAGCAGAUGACGAAACCCUUGGCGAUGGGGGUGGAGCCACGGCCAAACAGAUGGAUAAACUAAUAGUACAGCAGGUCUAUAAGGAAUUCCCCCAACUGAACGAAAGCUGAAUAAGACACUUGUGGCCUUCCCCACAGUAGCCUGCUCUGUUAUCCUGUGGAGAUGUCGCUGUCUAUAUGCUUUGGGUUGACUGGUUAGCUAGCUGUGAGAACACAUCAGUGUCUCCUCUACACUAAUUUAGGCUAGAUUAUGGCUUGUCCUAGACUAAAUCACUCUUUCAAGAAGUCUGUUGAAGAUGGGGGUUGUUUUUAGUUUGGGGUUAAGAUUAAUCUAGACCUGGGAACCCGGUGGUAAAGUCUGCUUCCUUAAAAGGGAAAUAACUACUCUGAGUAGCUUGUUCCUGAUAGCAUACUGUAUUCUUACACUGUUCUUUUUCUGUAUUUUUCUGUGUUUCACUCUCGCUCUUACAAGGUGGCAUGGCAUCACAGUAGGUUUUAGGUUUAAAGACAAAAGUUGUGUUCACUUAUCUGUGGUCCUGACUCUUAACCUGAAGCAUAGCUUAACUAUUGCUAUCUGCGCUAAUUGCUUUGUGCUUGGCAUAGCCUAGCCUGGGAGGCCGAUCUGUCUUGUCAUGGUUAAUCUGCUCUGGCAGAGUGGUCUGGCCAAACUCCCGUUCAAACAGAUUUCCCUCUGGUACGAAGUGCCGUGCCAAUCGCAACCUUUUACCGAAUACAGGACUGGUUUAAUACAAUGACAGAACAGAGAAGCACCAUGGAGGCAUUUUGGUAAUCAACCAAGGUGGUGUUUCGUUCGCUAUACAAUUCUAUACCACUGGGUCCAGGGGGGUUCGGCCUGCGCCCCUUGAUAAUGCCAGACUACGCAUUUGCGAUUUGGCCGUGAAAAGCUCAACAGAACAAGUGUUAGACAGGUCCUGGUCUGUGCUUCUGCUAGGAUACGGCUAGCUGCAGAGUAACAGUAUUAUAAAGCAAGGCUAAACCAGUGCAAUGGCUGCUUCUAAUACGUCUUCUAAACCAGCUCUGACUACCUGUGUGGACUAUGACUGAAAGGGAAUAUAUGUAUUGUUAAUGCACUUGUUGUUAAUGUUAAGGGAUUUUCAGAUGGCUCCACCUACUCACUUAACUUGUUUUGUAGUUGUAUUUUUUUAAUGUUUCAUGACAGUAGUGGUGUUUUGGCUGGUGAGAAUCGUGGUGUUUUGACUGGUGAGAAUAGUGGUGUUUUGGCUGGUGAGAAUAGUAGUGUUUUGGCUGGUGAGAAUAGUGGUGUUUUGACUGAUGAGAAUAGUGGUGUUUUGGCUGGUGAGAAUAGUGGUGUUUUGGCUGGUGAGAAUAGUGGUGUUUUGGCUGGUGAGAAUAGUGGUGUUUUGGCUGGUGAGAAUAGUGGUGUUUUGGCUGGUGAGAAAAGUGGUGUUUUGGCUGGUGAGAAUAUUCUCCACUAUUGUCCCAAAUUCAACACCCGACUAGUCAGUUUGAGGCUCACUUAACAAGCGAGGGCCGUCCACCCCACACCAGUUCUGUAGUGACCAGUGCCGGCCCAAGCCUUUAUGGAGCCUUAAGCAGAAUUAACUUGGGGGGCCCCUCGGUGACGCCAAUACAAUAUAUAUAAUAUAUAUAUAAUUUUUAAAUGAAACUGUAAUUUCAUGUGGUCUUGGGGGCCCUCUGGUGGCCACGGGGGCCCUAAGCAGCCGCUUAGUUCGCUCAUGCCUUGGGCCGGCUCUGGUACUGACCACCGUGUUCUCCAAUCCUUAUCCGUUUCGGACACUAAUUUAGUUAAUUCACCACACGCCCUCGCAUCUGUUACAGUGAUGUCUCUUGGUUUCAUAUCUUAUUUUUAUUACUUAACACUUGGUUUAAUAAGAGGCAUUUGAGGAGGUGUUUUGUUUGAGUAACAUAAACAAAUCACAUACACAGUUGGUUUUUAAUAAUGUCUAUUCUUAUAUACUGUAUGUGUGUUCAUGAGUGUUGAUCAGUAAAUUAAGUAUGAGUAACCCUACAUGUGAUUAAUGUAUGUUUUGUAAAUGGGUUUGUGAGAGUGUUCGUCAUUUCCCCUUAAAUCUAUGCCCUGCUUUCCCCUAAACCACCACCACUGUGUCAUGGUAACUACUUAAAAUAUAUUUUCUAAAAGAAAGAUAGAAAAUGAAAUGGUUGGAAAGGCGAUAUGGGGUCAACUGUAUUUUCCUAAUGUUUACAAUGCAAAUAAACAUCUCAAUUAAG